AUGCAGGCCGUGAACGUCCUCACCGACCGUGUGAAGAGAAUAAACAAGAUCAACACUGAGAUCGCAGACUGGCUGCAGGACAACCCCAAGCUGAACAAUCCCAUCCAGGAACGCCGCCGAGUCGAGGACCAAUACGUCCAGAGCCUGAAGAAGCUGCUCACCUUCAAAGUCCCCAACAGCCAAUCUGAGCUUGGCGUCUUUUCCGGCCCCUGGGACAAGAUUCUCCAAUCCGUCGAUUCGACCGCCCACUCCCACCACGUUUUCUCAAGCCAACUCGAAAAAGAUGUCGAGGGUCCCCUGCGUAACUUCCAGUCUCGCAAGGAGAUGCAGAACAUGCAGACCAUCUCCGCUAAUCUGACCGCCAUGGCCCGAGAUCUCGAAGAUGCCCAGAAGAAGGCGGAUGCCCUGAGCCGCAAGGGCCCCAAGACGAACGCCCAGAAGAUGGCGGAUGCUACGGCAAGACUCGAGUCUGCCACCCAACAGUGGGACUCCCAGGCCCCCUUCAUCUUCGAGACCCUGCAAGCCAUCGACGAGCAGCGUGUCAACCAGCUGCGCGACCUGCUGACCCAAUACGAAACCCACGAGAGCGACCAGGCGCAACGAAACCAAGCCCGCGCUGCCGACACGUUGGCCUCCAUGUUGGAGAUCAGCACCGAGCAGGAGAUUGGGAGCUUCAAGGAGAGGGUUCUUUCGGGAAAGCCGCGCCUGGAGAAGAGGGCCACGGCAUCUAGGCAAUCUUCCAAUGUCCCGACCAGUCAGACACUGGUCCCGCCUCCGCCUGCGCCCAGCAGCAUCGGACCCCGCGACGACGACGCAAGUGACCACUCCGGUCUUGCCGACGGAAAGGGCGGUAUGAUGACCUACUAA